GGUUAGUCGAGCUCCUGAGCAGCGACGGUGACACAACAACCGCGUCCUUCCUCGUUCAGUCGCAGUUUCUCCGGAGAACCAAGUUUUUUCAGAGAGCAGUUGCAGCCAUGACAAAGGACCCGAACAAGCCCAGAGGGAAGACCUCUUCCUAUGCCUACUUCGUGGCCACCUGCCGGGAGGAGCACAAGAAGAAGCACCCAGGGACCAGCGUGAACUUCUCCGAGUUCUCCAAGAAGUGCUCCGAGAGAUGGAAGACCAUGUCAGCCAAGGAGAAGGUGAAGUUUGAGGACUUGGCCAAGACCGACAAGGUCAGAUAUGACAGAGAGAUGAAGACCUACGUCCCACCUAAAGGGACCGCCAAGGGCAAGAAGAAGAAGGACCCGAAUGCCCCAAAGAGGCCACCCUCCGCUUUCUUCGUCUUCUGCUCCGACCACCGCCCUCGCAUCAAGGAGGAGCAUCCCGGCAUCUCCAUCGGCGACAUCGCCAAGAAGCUCGGCGAGCUGUGGUCCACGCAGACCUCCAAAGACAAGGCCCCGUACGAGGCCAAGGCCGGCAAGCUGAAGGAGAAAUACGAGAAGGACGUCGCCGCCUACAAGGCCAAGUCUGGCUCAGGAAAGAGCGAUGCCGGCAAGAAGAGCGGCCCCGGCAGGCCCCCGGCCAAGAAGGUGGUGCCAGCCGACGACGAUGAUGAUGAUGACGAGGACGAAGAUGAUGAGGAUGACGACGAUGAAGACGACGAUGAUGACGAGUAAAUGUUUAAAGGAGUGCAGUUUGCAUCGUUCCGCUCAGUUUGUUUUGGUGUGUGGGUGAAUGAACCAUCCUGCUGUCCCGGCGGCUCGGUCGGACCUGAACGCCUCAUCCACUUCAGGGAUUUAGUUUUAAACUCUUAGUCCACGUGUGUUUCUGCCGAACUCGUUCGUUACAUCUCGUCCUCGUUGAUAUUUAAACGCUGAUUAAAUGGACUGAAGCUCCUGAGGGCAGCAGGAAGUCAGAUUUCGUUCCUUUUUUUUUUUUUUAUGAUUCUGCAGCGCCGCCGUUCUGCCGCGGCGCAUCUCUAAAACUCGUCUUACUACCAGGAGAUUUUCUGUAGCUUGAUUUAAAAUGUUGGCAGCCGUUUUAAAUGUGGAACUUUAAGCUUGUAGAACCAAUUUUGUUUUUGUAAUAAAAAUUUUGUAUAUUGAUUAAAA